AUGGCCUCUCGCUUUGCCCACCGCCUCGUCACCGCCGCCCGUCCCGCCGCACGCGUUUCGACGCGCAGCGCAGGCCGUCGGUUCGCCAGCUCCGGACCUGGACACGCCGCGAAGGAGAGCAGCGACACGCCCUGGAUGAUCGGGUCUGCGCUCGUCUUCGGGCCUGUGAUCGCGUACCUCCUGUUCCCCUCCUCGAAGGAGAAGGCGAAGCACACUGCGGCCCACCCCCGCGCGCACGACGGCCUCAGCCACGUCCCUGAGCCCGUCGCGGCAAAACAGCCCGCGUCCGAACCUAAGCCCGAAGCGCCCGAACCUGAGGACGUCCAAAAGUCCACCGCACAGGCCGUCGCUUCCGACUCGCCGAAGGACGCGCAGAACGCAGAGGAGACGGGUUCGGACUCGGCCUCCGAGGACGGCAAGGUACAUGGCUCGCCCGCGAUGACCGACUCGGAGGGCACCACCGCGUCUGCCGAGGAGGUUGACGAGUCGAUGAACAAGGCUUUCGUGCGUGCUCGUUGCGUCCUCUUAUUCCGCUGA